UUCGCUGUUAACCUCCCUUUUGCCAGAGGACAAGACAGGGAGGGUCCGAGUAGGAGGGGUGCCCAGGACAGGGAACAGCGGUUCAAGAGCUUAGGAAUCAACAGUGGAAUCCAGGAUGCAAAGGGUUGAAAGCAGAGGAGUCAGAGUCCCGCUGAGACGGAAACACCUUGGUUGCCUGGGGUUUAACGCCCCGCGUGCCGUGUCAGCCCCCCUGGGGUCACCGCUACACACCCCUGACCCCUGACAGCGCCCGUCCCUAACGGACCCGAGCCUCCCCGGUGCCCCGCCCUCCGUUAAACCUCAGGGGGCGGAGCCCCAGGCCGCUUCCGGGGCCGCGGGUGCGCGGGGAGACGCCGGCCCUGCUGCGCGUGCGCCGUGGCCCCUCCCCUAGAGGAGGGCGGGUCCCGCUCCUGCUUCCGGGCGGCGCGGCGGCGGGAGGCGGUAGUCCGGUGCUCGUGGCGGCGCGGCUGUGGGGCCUCUUCCUGGGGUUCCCCCUCCGCGCGCCCGGUGAGCUCGCCUGUCCCCACCGGGUGCCGGGCCUGUGCGCAGACCCAACCCGCUGCGGGGCGGAGCCGGUGCCCGCGGUCCUCGAGCCCCGCGCCCCCGCAUCCGUCCUGAGACCCGGGCCCGGAGGGCGGCCUGGGCCCCGCGUCAGGGUCCUGCUCGCGGUCGGCGGGGAGCCGGGGGAGGCCCUGCCGCCGGCUGUCCGCGCAUCUUCUCCGGAUCCGUGAACCGUGUCCGCACAGCGCCCCGUGAGGGAGGAGCCCGAGCAGCCCGAGGCCGAGGCGGAGAUGGCGGCCGCCCAGGGACAGUUGACCUUCGGGGACGUGGCCGUCCGGUUCUCGCAGGAGGAGUGGGAAUGCCUGGCGCCUGCCCAGCGGACCUUGUACAGGAGUGUGAUGCAGGAGAACUACAGCAACCUGGUCUCCGUGGCACUUUCUUCCCAUUACAACAAAGGACUGUUACCUAAGCUUGCCAUAAAGGACUCAUUCCGAAGAGUGCUCCUGGGAAGAAGAUGUGGGAGCUGUGACCCUGGGGACUCACACCUGAGGACACGCAGGGAUGGUGAGGCUGAGCGUGGAGGGCAGGACGGCCGUCACGGAGGAGUGCAGAGCCACGGGAGGAGCCCCCGGGACAAGCCCCUCCCCAUCCGUGGGGACCCACAGCCUGGGGUGACUCGGGACAAAACCCAGUGCAAGUCAGUUACUGUUGCAGAAGAAUGUGCUUCUGUGAGUAGAUGUCAUCGUCCAGUUUUGAAACACAACUCUUCUCAGAAAGAAAUCUUGGAAAACCUUAAAACUGAGGAGGGCCAUGGUGCAAGUAAUAGUUUCAAUCAUACAAAAUAUAAUAACCCAUUAGAUAUUCAGUCAUAUAAUUCUGAGGCCCAAAGAUACAGUGAGGAAGAAAUGUGUAAAUACGUUGAAUUUGAAAAGUCAUUUAACGAGGAUUCAUUAUUCUUCCAAGAACAAGUAAUUCCCACUUGUGCUGGAACCUACAGUUUUGGUAACUAUUACAGAGAUUCUGUCCACCCAACAGUGCUUAAUGAAAGUGAGUUUAUAAACAAUGAGGAAAAACCUUACAUGUAUAAUAAAAGUAAGCAGUCCUUUGGGAAGGGCUCUAUAUUCAAUAAUUGCCACGGUAUUUACAUUCAAGAGAGAGCAUAUCACUCUAUGGAACUGGGAAUAAAUUAUAACAAAGGAUCAAGCCAUAGAGAACAUCAGAGAGCUCAGAUUCCAGAAAACCAUUCCCCAUGUAAUAAAUGUGGACAAGUCUUCAAGGAAUGUGUCAAAACUUCUAAACAUUUCAAAAAUGUGAUUAAACAUCACAGCAUCCACGCUGGUGAGGAGGCUUGCAAAUGUAAUGAAAAUGGGAAAGUCUAUAGUCAGUCUUCCCAUCUAAACAGUCAUGAGAGAAUUCAUACUGAAAGGCAAUCACACAAAUGUAAAGACUGCAGCAAAUCCUUUACUUGUUCCUCAGUUCUUACUGUUAAUGAGAGAAUCCAUACAAGAGAGAAGCCUUACAAGUGUAAAGAAUGGGGCAAAGCCUUUAAGUGGGGCUCACGACCUGCUGAACAUCUGAGAAUUAUUUCUGGACAGAAAACUUACAGAUGUAAAGAGUGCGGCAAGUCCUUUACUUGUUCCUCAAGUCUUACUGUGCACUAUCGAAUUCAUACAGGAGAGAAGCCUUACAAGUGUACAGAAUGCAGCAAAUAUUUUACUUGUUCCUCAAGUCUUAGUGUGCAUGAGAGAAUUCAUACGGGAGAGAAGCCUUACAAGUGUAAAGAAUGUGGCAAAGCCUUUAAGCGGGGCUCCGAAUGUACCCGACAUCAGAGAAUUCAUUCUGGACAGAGUCCUUACAAAUGUAAAGAGUGCAGCAAGUCCUUUAGUUGUCCAUCAAGUCUCACUGUGCACCAGAGAAUUCAUACAGGGGAGAAGCCUUACACGUGUAAAGAAUGCAGCAAAUCCUUUGCUUAUUCCUCAAGUCUUACUGUGCAUGAGACAAUUCAUACUGGAGAGAAGCCUUACAAAUGUAAGGAAUGUGGAAGAGCCUUUAAGUUGUCUUCACACCGUAAUCGACAUCAGAAAAUUCAUUCUAAACAGAAACCCUACAAAUGUGAAGAAUGUGACAAAUCCUUUAGAACUUCUUUACGUCUUAAUGAGCAUGAGAGAGUUCAUACUGGAGAGCAGCCUUACAAGUGUGAGGAAUGUGGCAAAGCCUUUAAGUGGAGCUCACAACUUAGUCUACAUAAGAUAAUGCAUUCUGGACAGAAACCUUACACAUGCAAAGAAUGCAGAAAAUCCUUUACUUGUUCCUCAAGUCUUUCAUCACAUUACAGAAUUCAUACUGGAGAGAAACCUUACAAGUGUAAAGAAUGUGGCAAAGCCUUUAAGUGGGGCUCACAACUUACUGAACAUCUGAGAAUUCAUUCUGGAGAGAAACCUUACAAAUGUAAAGAGUGCAGCAGGUCCUUUACUUGUUCCUCAAGUCUUACUGUGCACUAUCGAAUUCAUACAGGAGAGAAGCCUUACAAGUGUGAGGAAUGUGGCAAAGCCUUUAGGCGGGGCUCACACCUUUACCGACAUCAGAGGAUUCAUUCUGGACAGAAACUUAACACAUUUAAAGAGUACAGCCAAUCCUUUACUCGUUCCUCAAAUCUUCAAGUACAUGAGAAAGUUCAUAGUGGAGAGAAGCAGAAGUUCAAAGAGUGUGGAAAAGCCUGUAGUAAUUGAUCGAGUAUAAGUAAAUGCAAGAAUAUUCAAACUGGACUGAAAUCUUAUAAGUGUAAAGAAUGACAAAGCAUUUACCCAGUCCUCAGUCCUUACUCAAUAUCAGAAAAUUCAUUCUGGACAGACACCUUACAAAUGUAAAGAGUGCAGCAAAUGUUUUCAAGUCUCUCAAAACUUGUCAUCAGAGAAUUCAUACCGGGUAAAGGCAGCGUGGAGAAAUUAACCCCUCAAAGUCGGAGGCCAUUCAGAAGUUAAGAGAUGCUGCGCGGACCCCUGCACACAACUCAGGAGGGCCUGUGAAGUCAUACGUGUGCCACCUGGACUCUGUCCAAAAGUGCAAAAGGGAGAGCAGGAAGGGUAACCCUGUCCUGGAAAGAUGAUAGUCUUGAAGUCCGCUGAGACGAGGAGAGGGGGGCCCAGUUGCGUGACAGGGCAAGGCCUGGGAUUCAAAUGGGGGGAGCGGGGUGGUGGUGGGGAGGCAGAGCAGAGAACCUGAAGCGGAGACUUGAGAUCAGGGAAGAAGGCAAGCGGUCCAUUCGACAUGGAGGUCCUCACUGGGGCCCCAACACGAGCACGCCUCUUGUAUCACUGGCAGGACACAUCUCCCACAGGCAAAGGGCUUUUAAGUAGUUUUCAGCUUAAAAGAACAAUUUCCGGUACAAGUGACCCGCAGACUACCAGUUUACAUCUUAGCGUUUGAAACAAGUAACUCUGCUCCGCAUUAAACGGAAUAGACGGAUCCACGCCCAGAGGGUUAAGUACCUUUGACCACGUCCGGAAAUGCCCCAGGGUAGGUGCAGGCCCCGCCCCUACUUCCGCCGCGCCUGGGGCCCGUCAGGCGUCCUGCCAUCCCAGCGUCGCGGCUGCGCAUUUCCGGCAGGGGCGGGGCUGGCUCUGAGGAGAUGACGUCGUUCCGCUCGCGCUGGAUCCUGGCGGCCCCAGGGCCCGGACCGCCGCCGCUGAGGCGCGGGGCUCGCUGUGAGCGAUAAAGCCCCGUCCUUCCCUCCCGUGGUGGGUCCCAGCGUCGCCGUGAAAGGUUUUGCAUCUUGAGGAUGCCGGGGUUCUUGUUUUGCAGAGUCGAAGAAUGAACUUCGCAAACACUCAAGGCAAGGGAUACAGGUGAACCUCAGCCAGGCAGACGAACGCCAAGUCGAGUGCAGCAGCACGGCCAGCACGGGGCCUCCAGUGCCUCGCCCCACGGAGUCAGGACCUACCGGUGUAUGACG